CUGAAGAAAGAAAGAAAAAGGAUAUAAUUAAGGAAAAGAAGAAAAUGGCAGCAGUAGAAGAACCAAUACUCUCUAGGCUUGAUAGACUUGACAAUAUUAUAAAAAAAUUGGAGGAAGUUAGAGGAGGUGAUCAUUCCCCGAAGACAUCAACAGCAUCAAGCGAGACAUUAACGAGCGACGGGCAAGUUUCGUCGCUCGAUUUCUCUCCAAGAAGCAUGGAGAAGCAUUGCCGCCCUAUAGAAGACGUGAUUUCGGAGACUGAGCAUAAGGGGACACUCAUUGAGAGGCUGGUAAAUGUUGAGAACAGAGUGUUGAAUGUGUGUUUGCAAUUGGAGGCAGAGUUGGAGAUGAUGAAGAAGAAAAAAGAG